AAGGCCAGUUUGGGCAAUUCAUGGAGAGACUCUGGCUCAACAUGAAAAAACAGUUGGGUGUGGCAGCACACACCUGUAAUCCCAGCACUCGGGGAGGCUGAGGCAGGAGAAUUGCCACGAGCUCGGCCAAUGGAGCUUCGGCCUUCUCCAAUCCUGGGCCCGUACUUUGCACCUGCUGCACAUACUGUCGCCAUGGAGGGGGCGCAGGGCGAGCGAUUCCACACGGUCAGCCCCCUGCUGCGGAGCUGGGCGCUGUCCCAGGUGGCCGGCACCACCGUGUUCCUCAAGUGCGAGAACGUGCAGCCCAGCGGCUCCUUCAAGAUCCGCGGCAUCGGGCACUUCUGCCAGGAGAUGGCCCGGAAGGGGUGCCGACACCUGGUGUGCUCCUCAGGGGGCAACGCGGGCAUCGCUGCUGCCUACAGCGCCCGGAGGCUGGGCCUCCCAGCCACCAUCGUGCUGCCCGAGGCCACCUCCCAGCAGGUGGUGAGGAGGCUGCAGGGCGAGGGCGCCGAGGUGCAGCUGAGUGGAAAGGUCUGGGACGAGGCCAGCCUCCAGGCGCAGGAGCUGGCGCGGAGGGACGGCUGGGUGAACGUCCCCCCAUUCGACCACCCUCUGAUCUGGGAAGGCCACGCCAGCCUGGUGCAUGAGCUGCAGGCCGCCCUGGGGGCCCCGCCGGGAGCCGUGGUGCUGGCCGUGGGCGGCGGGGGGCUCCUGGCCGGGGUAGCAGCCGGCCUGCUGGAGGUGGGCUGGCAGCACGUGCCCAUCGUCGCCAUGGAGACCCGAGGGGCGCACAGUUUCCACGCGGCGCUGGAGGCGGGCAAGCCGGUCACGCUGCCGGACAUCACCAGCGUGGCCAAGAGUCUGGGAGCCAAGACGGUGACCGCGCGGGCCCUGGAGUGCGCCCAGCAGUGCCGGAUCCUGUCCCGGGUGGUGGAGGACGCGGAGGCCGUGAGCGCCGUGCAGCGGUUCCUGGAUGAUGAGCGCAUGCUGGUGGAGCCUGCCUGUGGGGCGGCCCUAGCUGCCAUCUACUCAGGCCUUCUGGGGCAGCUGCAGGCCGAGGGCUGCCUGUGCCCUUCGCUGGCUUCCGUCGUGGUCAUUGUGUGUGGAGGAAACAACAUCGACAGCCAGCAGCUGCAGGCUCUGCAGACCCAGCUGGGCCAGAGCUGAGGCCCCCCAGGUGCAUGACACCCAGUGGCAGCCCAGGAGCAUUGGGUCAGCAGAUGGCAGUGGAGCUGUGUGUACGUCUGCAUCGCCCCCUCCUGGGGAAAGCCCUGCAGCCCUGGCUAAUAAACCCUUAUGAGCAGUUGGUGA